AUGCAUAAUGAGAAUACACCUUUAAUCCAUCACGAUAGACGGUUAAGUCACAUAUCAGAAGUUGAUGAAAAUGAAGUUGUGUCCUAUGUUCGACAAAAGAGACAAUCAAUUGUCUCUGCCAAAAAUGACAUGCCUCGACCAAUGAAUAAUUUGCAUCAUGAGGCGUCACCAACUGCUUUACAUCCACAUGGAAGCCACGGAGAGGAUUUUAGAUCAUUGAGUCCACAAGUAUCACAUUCAACUGUAAUUUCACAAACGAUUAGUGAAAUCCUACUCCAUCAUACCGAUGAUAUCGGCCCAGAACCGAAAACGUCAUUAUUGAGAGAGACUAGGCUUUUGUUAAAAUUUGCUGUUCCAAUCGUUAUCACGUUUUUGCUUCAGUAUUCUCUCACUUUUGCAUCAGUUUUAUCGGUAGGAAGACUAGGAUCAACUGAGUUGGCUGCUGUUAGUCUUAGUUCCAUGACUGCUAAUAUUAGUGGGUAUGCUAUUAUACAAGGAGUUUCCACAUGUCUUGAUACCUUGUGUGCUCAAGCGUUUGGAAGAAAAGAGUUUAAUCAGGUCGGUAUUGCUUUUGUGAGAUGCAACUACUUAUUAUUAUUGUGUUGCAUCCCCACAGUCUUGAUCUGGACCAAUUCAAAUACGAUUUUGGGAUUGAUUGUUCAGGAACAACCCGACUUGUGUGAAUUAGCCUCGAAAUAUCUCAAAGUUCUUUCUAUUGGUUUACCAGGAUUUGUAUUGUUUGAAAAUGCCAAGCACUUCCUUCAAUGCCAGGGAAUAUUUCACGCAUCAACGUAUGUAUUGGCUUUUUGCGCUCCCGUCAAUGCAAUUUUGAAUUAUAUGUUAGUUUGGGACCAACAUUUGGGGGUUGGCUUCAUUGGUGCACCAAUAUCAGUUGUAAUCACAAAUUGGCUAAUGUGUGGAUUAUUAUAUGGCUAUAUCUUUUUUGUUGAUGGGUACCAAUGCUGGCCAAAACAACAUCUAUUCAAUAAAGUGUUUUUUAGUAAUUGGAGUAGGAUGAUCAGAUUAUCAAUUCCAGGUGUUUUUAUGGUGGAAGCAGAAUGGUUAGCGUUUGAAAUCAUCACUUUCCAGGCAGCUAAAUUGGGGACAACCACAUUGGCAGCACAAUCUAUUGUGAGCACCACAUUAGUAGUACUUUACCAGAUUCCAUUCGGAAUGAGUGUUGUGUGCUCAACGAGAAUCGCUUGGUAUAUAGGAGCUGCUUCCGGAUAUGCAGCCAAAUUGGCCACAAAAGCAUCAAUAUUCACAUCCAUUGUGUUUGGCUUCAUCAACUGUGUAAUAAUUCUUACAUUUAGACAUUCAUUAGCCAAGCUAUACACAAAAGAGCAAGAUGUUAUAGAAGUUGCUGCAAAAGUGCUCAUCGUUGGUGCAGCUUAUCAAAUCAGUGAUUUUAUAUCCUGUUCAACAGGUGGAGUCUUACGAGGUCAAGGUCGACAAUAUAUUGGUGGUGUUUUAAACUUAGUUGGCUAUUAUCUCAUAGCUCUACCUUGUGCUUACUAUUUUGCUUUUAUUUGCAAGUUGGAGUUGAUUGGGUUAUGGUAUGGAAUGAUUAUUGCAUUGUUGGUUGUUAGUUUCUCCCAGUUGUAUUUUACAGUGACAAGUAAUUGGGACAAGAUAAUUGAUGAAUGUGUUAGUGAGGGUAUUGCCGAUGAAGGAAACUUAACAAUUGAUGCUCAUUCAUUGUUGCCUAGUAUGAGUUCUACAAUUGUUGUGUAA